GCAACGGGCACGCUCUCAAGCCCGAAGAGAAACAAGCCGACGUCGACAUCCCCAAGAUCGCCAUCUCCGCGCCAGAGGACUCACCGGUUGUUGCACCCAAGGACGACGGGUUAUCCCUUCCCGUAGGGGUGAAGGAAGCGAGCACGUUUACAAGUGACGGUGUCUUCCCCGCUGUCGAUAGUCCUCAGCGAGUGUCAGUGCCCAGCACAGCAAGCACGAUCACAACCAACUCGAGCGCCGUCCCUCCAGCGCCAACAAUCUCUAUCUCCGUCUCCCCCAGCUCUCCCACAUCUCCGACAGUGGACAGGAGCAUGCCCCCACCUCCUGUACCCACGAACGGCGGGCUACGAGCAGCUGUGAAGGCGCAGAAGAAGGCGAUCAAGCGCCAGCUGAGGGAGGCACUUGCACCUGGGCACAGUCAGAUGGAUUGGGCGAUCUUGAAGACCAAGGGGCUGAAUCUCCGAGGGACAGAGAACAUCCUCCGCGUCACGCCCUCCACGCUCGCGGCACACACCACGAAAGAAGACGCCUGGUCCUGCUUCUUCGGCAAAGUAUACAACCUCACGCCCUACUUCUCCUACCACCCUGGAGGUGAGCGAAAGCUCUUACGUGUGGCGGGGAAAGACGGUACGAGGCUCUUUGUGCAUAGUCAUGAAUGGAUCAACGUGGAGGCCAUGAUGGACGAGUGUUUUGUAGGGUACUUAGUGCCUGAACCUGAGCGUGCAGAGCCGGAGGACGACUAGAAGGUUUGAGGCUUGGAGGCUUGGGGGAACCAAGGAGUUGUAUGUAUUCUUAGGAUUUCGUCGGGCUGGGCAACUGGGAUUAGGCUGGGAUGAGGAUGAAUAUAGGGAUUAAGAGGUUAGACUGUAACACUACGGCACAAGAGAAGUCGAGGGCGA